UCUCGCUCGUGUACAUGCACCUUGUGACCAGCUGUGGGGCUAUCGUUGUACGCGAAGGUGGACGAAGGCGUGGCCACACAGUGAAGAAGAAGACAUGGCGCCGGAUGUGUUUUCCAUGUCGUGUUCUGUCUAGUUGUCUGGUCCUAAUUGCCACGUUGUCUAGUCAUGGUUGCCAUGAUGUUGGGUCAUAAUUGCUAUGUCGUGUUCUGUCUAGUUGCCACGUUGUCUCGUCUUAAUUGCCACGUUGUCUAGUCAUGGUUGUCAUGAUGUUGGGUCAUAGUUGCCAUGUCGUGUUCUGUCUAGUUGCCUUGUUGUUUCGUCCUAAUUGCCACGUUGUCUAGUUAUAGUUGCCAUGAUGUUGGGUCAUAGUUGCCAUGGUGUUCUGUCUAGUUGCCAUGGUGUGUUCUGCCUAGUUGCCAUGUUGUCUCGUCCUAAUUGCCACGUUGUCUAGUCAUGGUUGUCAUGAUGUUGGGUCAUAGUUGCCAUGUCGUGUUCUGCCUAGUUGUCAUGUUGUCUCAUCCUAAUUGCCACGUUGUUGACAUGAUGUUAGGUCAUAAUUGCCAUGUCGUGUUCUUUCUAAUUGCCAUGUUGUCGGGUCAUUGUUGUCAUGGUGAGUAGGCACAAUUAACAUGGCAAGUGGACACGGUUAACUUGGCAAAUGGACAUAUGUAACCUGACAAGUGGGCACAAUUAACUUGCAAGUAGACACAAUUAAUGUGAAAAUGAACCUAGCAAAUGAGUGUGAAUACGACGCUAAGAGUUGACAAACUGGCAAGUGACACUGCUUUUUUAGGGUUCCUGGAUGUGUAUUGAUGAAUUUCUCGAUAGUUUUAUCGCCGCAAGUAAUAUUAUUAUCGAUCAAAAUUUAUACACGGUGGAAAAUAGGUGUGAUUUAAAAGAAAAUGACUGAAGCAAAGUAGAUAUGCUUUUUCUUUGAAGUAAUAAAACAAGUAGAUGUCAGGUCUAAGAAGACAAGCACCACACUCGUGGGGCUCGAAUAGUCGAAUGGGUGUUGCUGCUCUUGGCCUACGCUAGCACUGGGCUGCGCUAGGAGCAGGGCGGCGAGUGUGAAUCGCAGGAGCACGACCUGGCACGCAAGCUGCCGCACGCGGACGCGGGGCCGUGGGGAGGGCGCCGCUGGCAAGGCUCACGUGGAGCACGCCGCUGCCUAGCAAACUCCUUUAUUCAUACGAUCCAAGGGUUUCCCCGAAAUAAAUAUAUUUGAAACAACUUUUUUUAAUCGAGAUAUUAAAUGACUAUAAUUUAAUUAAAUAUUUUCCAACCAAAUCGAAAACCAGACAAGCCCAAUACGUCUCUAUUCUCUUCCCCGGAACAUAACUCAAGCGUCUUUCUUCCCGUCCCCAAACCCUGGUUGCCUCUCACGUCCGCUUCCCUCCCCUCGCAGUCACACGGCAGCAUCAAUUCCCACCAAAUCCCUGACUUAACCCGUCGAAUAACAAAUCCCUCUCUCAGAUCCGAGAUCUCGAGGUCCGGUAAGAAAUGGUGAUUCUUUGUAAUGGGCACGCUGCUCCUUCAGUUCAUACUGAAUUUAUAUCUGGGUGGUUAUCACUCAACACUUCCAAAAUGCGUUGUCGUUUGAAUUCAACUGGAAGGAAACUCCGAAACCGAAACAGGCAUCAGAAGAUGAUUUCUUUUGCAAAGAGUUCUUCAUUACAAGAUUCAAUGGCCUCUGUAAAGCCAUCUCGUCUUCUGCCAACAGUUGAACCAAGAACAUUUCCCAGUAGUGUCCCUGAGGAGAUAAUAUCGAGAGUGAGAUUACAAGAGUCUGAUGCAUUUUAUAUGCUAGAGCUUAGCACAAGUAGAGAAUUUAGCUCCUCUUUACUAGAUAAGAACGCCGCAAUCUUAAUCUGUUUAAUUGAUGUUGACGGUGACUCCUUGUUACAAAGAAUACCAGCAAUCUAUUGGGAUCAACCUGCACAAAGCAUGAAGGCUUUGCAACCGAUCCCCUUCCAAAGUGGCUCAGUUGACAUAAUCACCUUUAAGGGUCCCAAAUUGCAGAGAAUUAAAGAAGUCUGGAUAGGCCUCGAGUCAGGUUCAUGGAGAUUAGAUGGUUUGAGUUUGAAAAUGAUCCAUGGACCAUUAAAUACACCUAAUGACCUUGAGGUGACAUUGGAGCUCAAGUUUAAUGGUUUACAGUACACAUUUGACAGACUCAAUGCUCUGCUUGGUGAGGAUGGAGCUUCAGUAGUGGAAGCUAAGCCUAUGUCUCUCACUGACCUGUCAGGAAUUAGCAUUUCUGAUCUUCAAGAAGGGCAGUUAUCCUCAGCAAGUACAGCUUCAAGCAUUGUAGAAUUGGAGGAUGGAUUGAGAGAGUAUGCUGAUCUGAAGCAAUCCUUACUUCUUUACGACAUAGCUAUCGUGAUAACAGGUUUCUCUGCCUUCACCCUGGCUUCGAAUGAUGCAGCCGCCUACUCGUUCCUUGUCGGCGGGAUUGGAGGGUUCCUGUAUCUGUUACUGCUCCAAAGAUCUGUCGAUGGGUUGCCGGCUACCAGUUCUCCUUCAGAAGCUGGCAGCCCAGAGCCCUCUGUAAAAGGUUUCAGCGGCGUACGAAGGCCAUGGUUGAUAUUGUCGCUAGCAAUGGUUGCUGGAGCUGUUGCACUGAAGUACGGUGCUGGUGGUGAAACCUUCGAGCUGACUCCAACCGAGCUCUUUGUGGGUGCCGCAGGGUUCCUGGCAAAUAAGAUUUCUGUUCUUCUGGCAGCAUUCAAACCCUUGCAGACCAACUUGAAAAGGGAAGAUGGAUCUGGGGACUGACUGAAUUAGACUACUUUGAAUACUAGCACCUUUGUAAUAGCUUAACAGUGUCCAAGAUCCUAAGCUAAUUAUCAGAAGUAACGAGGGGAGCAUGUAUACUUGCCACUUCAGCCUCAUGAUAACUCAUUGUGUCGGCAUGGCUGAAGAAUUACACAAACCUUCUUUCAAAGCAUCCUUGUAAAGUCGGCCAAGAACAAGGGUCCAGUUAUAAUAUUACUCAAGCUUGCAUUGCUCAGCUCCAGUUUAUGGAAAUUUGAGUAUUGGACUGGGCUCACAGGAAUGUAGACUGAGACCUGGAUGUUCCAAAUGCCUCAGCCAGUCCAAAUGUUCGUUCAGGUCACAAGCUUCAAAUGUAUGAUAGUUCUACCAGAACAAUGUGGCAUCUUUGUGUAUAUAAGUUGGCUAACUUCCCGGUGCAGUUGCACUAUUGAAUAAUAUUGAAAGUACAUAUGUGCAUAUUGAAAAACAGAGUUCUAGUGCUGAUGACUGGAAAUAUAGUUAUACUAUUUCUUA